AUGAGAAAGCUAAUAGUACUAACAAAGCCGCUAUUUGCAAAUAUUGCAUCGAUCAUUUUGGUUUUCAACAGGUUAAUAAUUUGGAAACAAAGACUUUUUUUUUAUGGCUUGGUAAAUUUAUUAAAUUACCAAGUUGUCAAUCAUUAUUAGGUCGAAUUUUAAAAGAUACUACAAAGGAAAUUACACAAGCACAAGUUGCAAUGGCGCAACAAGAUUCACAUGGUAUAAUAGUAGCCUUUGAUGGAGAAUUACAUCACAUGCACCAAUUAACUAAACUUAAAAAACUAGAAGAAAAGUAUAAUAACACUAAUACAAAUAAACAAGCUAAACUCAACCAAGAACUUAGUAGUAUUUAUUCAAAUGAUAUAAAUAAAGAUAAUAUAGAAACAUUUCUUGAAGAUUUGGAUAAUGAAA